AACACCAUCUGUUCCUCGCGCGGCGUUCGCGGCCUCGAUGGAUCGACAGAUCGUUUGGCGAUAUCGAUCAAUAUCGAUCAGCGAGUAACGACUGUUGCGGGCUGUUAGAUUGUCAGUCGUCGCGCAGUGCUCGGCUUCUCUGUAUCAGUUGUCUCGUCGCAAUUCCGCGAGCUCGGAAUUUUUUCGCUCUUGCGUUUCUUCUCCCCCCUCCUCCUCCUCCUCCACCUCCUGCCCUUCGCGCUGGCAUAACAACACCUCGGGCCAUUUUUUUACCUGCUGGUGCCCAAACAAUCUGUGUGUGCCUCGCGAUCCGCAAUGGCGGAGACGAACGAGGCCGCGAAUUUGAAUACGAAGAACGGCAACUUCAUCUGCGGCGUGGUGGAAGGUUUUUACGGACGACCGUGGACCACCGAGCAACGGAAGGACCUCUUUCAAAAAUUAAAAAAAUGGGGAAUGGACUCUUAUCUGUAUGCUCCGAAGGACGAUUACAAGCAUCGCGCUUAUUGGAGGGAUCUGUAUACGGUGGAGGAGGCCGAGCAUCUGACUGGUCUAAUUACAGCUGCCAGGGAGUACGGAAUAACUUUUUAUUACGCAUUAUCUCCAGGACUGGAUAUUACGUAUUCCAGUUCGAAGGAAGUCACCGCUUUGAAGAGAAAACUGGAACAAGUCAGUCAGUUUGGUUGCACGGCGUUUGCACUGUUAUUUGACGACAUCGAGCCGGAAAUGAGCGAGGCUGAUAAGGAAGUAUUUCAGUCAUUUGCACAUGCUCAAGUCUCCGUUACAAAUGACAUCUUCCAACAUCUUGGCCAACCUCGUUUCCUCCUGUGCCCCACUCAGUACUGUGCGACGCGCGCAAUACCGAACGUCGUGUCCUCGGAGUACCUCAAUACUCUUGGAAGUAAAUUAGCUCAAGAAAUUGAUAUAAUGUGGACAGGACCUAAAGUCAUAUCGAGGCUCUUAACCGUGGAGUCCAUCGAGGAAAUCACAGAAGUGCUCAGAAGACCGCCCGUUAUUUGGGACAAUUUACACGCUAACGAUUAUGAUCAGAAGAGGGUGUUCCUUGGUCCAUACUCCGGUCGUUCCCCCGACCUUAUACCUAAGCUCAGAGGGGUUUUGACUAAUCCCAAUUGUGAAUACGGAGCAAAUUUCAUAGCAAUUCACACACUGGCUCAAUGGAGCAGAUGCAACAUCGAUGGAAAGAGGGACCUAAGUUUGAACGACGCUGUGUCAGCGGACAUUAAACUGGAAACUGAGACGGAGGACGGUGUCCUCGGCGAGGACGUCCCGUCGACGUUGUCGCCGAACAUGUAUCAUCCUCGACACGCCCUGAAGAACGCAAUAACCGAGUGGCUGCUGGAAUUCAAGAAGAAGAAGGCAGCUUGGGGAGUGAUAGCGAAACCGCAGCCGUGCGUCGCGCCCACGAUACCCAUCCCGAUAAUUCCAUCCGUGAACACGUGCAUGAGUCUGACGUCGACGACGACAACCACAGUUCCUGCCACACCCACGCCCGGGGCGAAUUCGAAUCACCUUCAAGCCUUAGCCGAAGUUUGCUCAAGCGUCACGGGCAGCGAUAGCUUCGCGCAGCCUGCCUCCGGCCCCGUGAUGAAUUCCCUGGUGUCGGACAUAAAAGUAGUCAGCGAGCCCGUACUGACCGCGUUAUCCGCUAACAUGAGCAGCGAGCCGCCAUCGACGGGCCUGUCCUCCAUGGAGCCGAUGGACUGCAACACGACGCCGAACAACUCGCCAGCGCACAUAGCGAAAAUACCCGCGGAGGAUGACGCUAUGGUAGAUAAUAUUUCUACAUGCAGCGAGACGUCCGGGAGCAUGCAGGUGGAGGUGGACGGCACCUCUCCCACGGUCAACGGUACGCAGAUGAUAAUAGAGAACGACAGCGAGAAUCACGAGAGCUCCGACAACACGGACGCGAUACCUCGGGAACCCGACGCGGAUAUCGACAGGCAGCUCACGCAGGAGGAUCUCUCACUGUUGUGCGACCUGUUCUACCUGCCGUUCGAGCAUGGCGGCCAGGGGAUCCAAUUGUUGCAGGAGUUCAAUUGGCUCAAGAGCAACGCCCACGUUGUCAUGAAGAAAUCUAAGGAGGAAGAAGCAGCAUCUGAAUCGGACAUUCGAGAGUGGCACUCGCGUGCGGCUAAGUUGAAUGAUAUAUGUAACGGGGUGAAUAGAUUAUUCCAGAGGCUCACGUACUGUAAUAAUCGAGAAUUGUUGUACGAUCUGUACGCGUACGUAUGGGAUAUGAGAGGAGUCGUGUCUCUUCUGAACAGUUACGUGAAAUGGCUGGCGUUUGGCAGAUUCCCAUCAACGAUGACGACGUUUACCCAGGGCAGCUACACAUGGUUCUCAAACGGUUGGAAAGAAACUUUCAUGAGCGGGGAACAGGAACCAUGGGUCUUUCGUGGAGGUCUCACAGCCGAUUUGCAGAGAUUAAUUCCAGUGGACAGCGGUAACGACUUAUUUGUAUACAAAGCACCGGAAGUGCCCACUAGCAAAAUAUAUACAAUCCGACCGUAUUUGCCAAGUGACGAAGAAGCAGUUUAUGCAGUGUGCAAUCAAAUUAAUAACUGUACGACUUCAUCAGCUGUUGCGGACAGGUAUAAUUAUAUGACACCUACGAUAUAUCGUUCUUCAAUAUGUGGCUUAUAUUCUCCUUUUCUAAAUAUCUAUUCAUUGUCUAGACUUGUUGGAGGAUUUUUAACGUUAAGUUCGGAGAUGUGUAUGCUUGUCGAGGAUGAAAACAGCAUAGUGGGUUACGCACUGGCCAUACUGAACGUAAAGUCAUACAAUCAGAAGCUGGCUGUCUCCUUGAUUCCUGAAUUGCGGAUGAAGUAUCCCUUGGACAGCAACAUCAGCGAGUUGCCGCAAAACGUUCAGGACGCCAUACGAUAUUUCCACUCGUUUAUCCCGGACGUGUCGGAACAAUUAUGCAGGCAGCAUCCGUCGAAACUCAUGUGCGCUGUAUUACCGAGUGUAACGGAUCAGUCUGUCUGCAAACGUUUAAUAACCUGCGUUCUCGCGGCUUUGAGAGCGAAUGGUUCCUUCGGAGUACACACGACGAUGCCGUCGACGGACAAGGAGUCUCACGAGUUCUACGGCAAAUUAGGUUUCGUCGAUCUGAAUCCAGCGCAUGAGGAGCAUCCAGGGAUUAAAACCAUGUGCAGAAGCUUCUAACAAAGAAUCAGCGCUCCAGUGAUCCUCGUGAACAAGGUUUACUUGCUCGAGCCAUCUCCUAAGAGAGCGAUGCUUUCCUAGGGUAGCUUCUACAAGGACUUAUUAACAACUAAAAGUCGAACGCCUUCGUUUAAAGCGCGAGUAUGCCAAGCAUGCGGACGCGAUAGUCGUAAAAUCAAGUGUACUUCCCUCAGAAGUAUGUCGCGAUGUACGUCGGUAACGUUAUUUGUAAUACGUCUCUAUAUAAUCUUUCUAAACGGUACCGAGGAGUCUUUAUCUGUCUAUUUGAUACAAAUGUAUACAUAUGUACAUAUAGCAUAAUUGACACGGAGACAUUUUAAUAUCGUAAGGCGGGAAGGAAAUUAACGAGCAUUACAUAGUGCAAUAACAGGAUACACUUUCAGCAGAAUGGGAGUUUUUAUUUUAGUAAGAGUCGCAUCCAUGUAUCGAAACAUUGCUUUAUCAUUUCAAUUUCGAGAUUGUAUUGGAAUCCUUAUUAAACAUGGUGUGUGUGUAUAUAAAAUUUGGAAUAGCGUGUGUGUGAUGAAAUGCCAAUACGUGUGUUCACUAUGAAUCGUCUGAACCUCUCAACCCGGUGGAAAAUAUUUUCUUAUCGGAAUUCUAUGUACAGGAGCGGAAAAUUCGAAUAGAAUUGCGAAAGGCUAAAUACUUUUUUGUUAAAUAUCUACGAUACGUAAUUCAGUGCGUAUUUGGUGCGUGUUAUGUGCAUUCGUAUACGUAUAUAAAUAUAUUCUCGUAGUGUUUCGAUAUGCCGCUCAAUCAGGAAUACAUAUUUUCAAUAGCGAAAUAUAAAUAUAUUUUAUGUUCCAUAUGCAAUCUCACAUUUUGUAGUCUCGUAUUAUUUUUUAUCGAGAAUUCAUCUCUUGAUCGGCUCUACAGUUGCAAUAUAUGUGUAUGUGCUGCUACGAAAUGUGAUAUAGAUAUACAAGAUAUCUAUAUAAAAAAUAUCUCUCUCUUAUUACUUUACUGUAAUUCAUUAUUAUUGGACAUCGACAAGAUAUAUACCUUAGGUGUUCUCUUUUAUCAUUCGAUAUUACAAAUGUUAUUUUAAUUAAUCGUUUCUCACAGCAUUAUAAAUAAUAUAGAAUACAUUAAUUAUGAUAAACAAAAUUUGUUAUAUUAACACAGCAAACAGGCAAAUUAGGAAACGCAAUAUCAUAAAGAGAACAAUAUAAUGCGAAUAUAAAUACUUCGCUUUUCUCGUUAUGCCUCUCUGUAUUAAGAUGUUAAUAAGUUUAAUGUGUUAUCUGUACAAGUAUUAAUAUACGAGAUGUACAGAAUGAAUUAUGAAUUACUGAUUUUAUAUGUAUAUAUGAAAUCGGUAAAAUUAUAAAAAAGAUGAUUAUCAAGUAUUUUAGAUUAUUUGCCUUGUAUCUAUUAUCGGUAUAUACUGAUUGACACAAUAAUGAUUCAGUAUACCGUUCAAGAUAGUUUUCCAACAACAUUUAUAUAGCAAGUACAUACCUCCAGACGUAAUGCGAAGCUUCAUCGAGUGCCAUGUACAAAAUACAAAAACAAAAAUAAGUAAAUAACCGUGAUUAUCGCAAAGAAUUACAUUAAUAUGCCAUAUUCUACGUCUGUAUUUUAGUGGUGUGCGACCAUGGCUUGACUAGAAUUUUUAUACUGAAUAUGCUCCAAUGAUAAUCGGACAAAGCGAAUCGAAUGUAUAAUUGACGAGGGAAUUAAAAAGGGAGAAAACGAGCUUUCUCAUAAAUUCUCUUAAUAAUUUUUCUGGACAUCUGAAAUACUUAAAAGGCAUAAACAUUUUAAACAUCUUGUUUUUUUAUUUUAUAGGUCAUUGAUAAUACAAUUUCUAUCUCUUCACGUGUUCAUGGAAUUUUAAUAUCAUUUCAGUUUUUAUUAUGUAUAAGAAGAUCGCAAUGGUCUGUUUAAUCACUUGGAUAUGUAUUAAGAAAGACUGGGUAUGAAGUUAAUAUUGUAAAACAUGUGAUUGGAUACUGUUUUAUUUAAAUAAACAUCUCAAGACU